GGGCACAGCUGCGGGGCCUGCCGGCCGGGGUGGGCGGGCCCGGCCUGCAGCCAGAGGGUCCUGACAGUCAGAAGAAAUCUCCUGGACUUUAGCGCCGAGGAAAGGAGCCACUUCGUGCAGGCCCUGGACCUGGCAAAGCGUACCACGCACCCGCAGUACGUCAUCGCCACAAGGAGAUCGGAAGAGAUCCUGGGAGACGACGGCAACACGCCACAGUUUGAGAACAUUUCCAUUUAUAACUACUUUGUUUGGACACACUAUUAUUCCGUGAAAAAGACUUUCCUUGGGCCGGGGCAGGAAAGCUUCGGGGAAGUGGAUUUCUCUCACGAGGGGCCAGCUUUCCUCACGUGGCACAGGUUCCACCUCCUGCAGCUGGAGAAAGACAUGCAGGACAUGCUGCAGGACCCUUCCUUCGCCCUGCCUUACUGGGACUUCGCGACUGGGAAAAACGUGUGUGACGUGUGCACAGACGACCUGAUGGGCGCCAGGAGCAGCUGGGACCCCGCGGCCAUCAGCUCCAACUCCGUCUUCUCGCAGUGGCGCGUGGUCUGUGAGUCCUUGGAAGACUACGACACCAGGGGGACGCUUUGCAAUAGCACGGAAGGGGGACCCAUCCGGAGAAAUCCAGCGGGGAACGUAGCGAGGCCCACGGUGCAGCGCCUUCCUGCUCCACAGGACGUGGCUCAGUGCUUGGAAGUUGGCUCAUUUGACACUCCUCCCUUCUACUCCAACUCUACAGACAGUUUCCGGAACACGGUGGAAGGUUACAGUGAUCCCAUGGGGAGGUACGACCCCGCUGUUCGGAGUCUUCACAAUCUGGCCCAUCUAUUCCUGAACGGGACUGGAGGACAAACCCACUUGUCUCCCAAUGACCCUAUCUUUGUCCUCCUGCACACGUUCACCGACGCCGUCUUUGAUGAGUGGCUGAGACGACACGAUGCCGAUAUCUCCACAUUCCCACUGGAGAAUGCCCCCAUUGGCCACAACAGACAAUUCAACAUGGUGCCGUUCUGGCCCCCAGUCACCAGCACAGAAAUGUUCGUCACCGCUGCAGACAACCUCGGGUACACGUACGAAGUUCAAUGGCCAAGCCAGAACUUUAGUAUCUCUGAGAUUGUUACCAUAGCAGUGGUUGCUGCCCUAGGAUUGGUCGGACUCAUUUUUCUUGGCACUUCUUAUCUGAUUCGUGCCAGAAGCAAAAUGGACGAAGCCAACCAGCCUCUCCUCAUUGACCAGUAUCAGCCUUAUGACGGAGGAUACGAAAAAGCCCAGAACGCUACUCAGCCCAUGGUCUGAUGACGUGCCCUCCACCCCUUUGCACAGCGCUGUCAGGAAACAGCUUGGUUAAAAAUGAGCAGCAUGAGUUGCUCACUAUGUUUUCUUUUUCUGUGCUCCUUUCUUAUACAAGCAUACGUGGUCAUUAAAGCACUGCUUUUCAGAACUGAGAAGAGUACUUCAGACUCUUCUGCAUGGUUCCUAAUUAUCAGCUCUAUUUAAAAUGUUCAGUUGCACCAAACCCCAUGGCAUUUAAAAGCUAGGGUGGUGAUCUCUGGCAUAGUUUAAAGGUUGACUACACCGUGUAAAUAAACUGCUGUGCUUUGUUGCUGGGAAAGGAAAACAAAGUUUGAUAGCAGUCUUUCUAAACUGCACAACUAAGCACUUCUAUGCUUUUAAAAUGUAAACGCAAUUUCAUUAUUGAUAUGGGUCAACAUAUAUGAAAGCAGCGGCCUUUAUUAAAAUACAUUAUAUGAAAUGAUAAAUAAAUGGGAUCUUAAUGGGCGUUUUCAAAUCGGUGCUCUCAUUUGAGUUUCCGCACGUGAUCUUUACCUCGAGCUCAAGCCCACCGCUAAGUCACAGUCUCUGCCACACGGUGAAGAAGUGAAACCUUCACUUCGCUGAGAAGCAGCGGGUGUUGUCUGUUUGCCACUGUGCUCCCUCGGCAUGAAUUCACUGAAGAUGGAACUUCAUGCCUUUCAGCCCUGGUUCACACAUCUCUCUGCCUCACUCCUCUUCCACCAACUUAGGGGUUCCCCAAGAGAGCACACAAGUGGGGGACGAGCUCAGGGAUGUGCUACAGAGAGAUAACAUCCUACUCACUGUGCUUCAUUUA